AUGAAUUCCGAUGAUUACGACUUCGAGGGAACGGAUAAUAGUUUAUUGAAUGAAACGGACAGCAAAUCUAAUGACGAUAAUGAAGAUAAUCGGUGCUCAGAAGACGAGAUAAUUGACAAAAUGAUUGAUAUAAUGACUCCCGAAGACUAUAACGAGGGAAAAGUGAUCACAGAUUACAAGAAAUUAACAUUUAUUCAAAUAUCGAAAGCAUCGCAAAGAUUGGUUCUUGACGCCCAGCCGUCGAUGACAAUGACAAUAACAGAGCUGUCGGGUCCGAGUCAUGGCAAUUAUGAUCAAUGUCUAAGUAUUGUGAGUCCCGAAGUAGAGGAUCAGCCGGUGAUCAAAGGACAGUACUGUUCAAUGGAUACCAACUUUUUGGUCGGUUUAACAAAGGAAGACACCGGAGAAGGAGAUAAUGACGGUGUGAAUCGAGUGAUGAACAAAUCGACUUUUGCCAAAAAUGUAAUGACAGGAAUACUGGGGGCUUAUAUACCCAUAACUGUGGCCCGGAGUCAGCACAGCGUUAAUUUAGACCAAUUGUUGGAAUAUUUGCAUUACUUUAUUAAAAAAGACAUGAAAUUUGUCAGUGGUUUCUGUUUGCCCACCACUUGUAGACCCGAAGACCUGUCCGACGCUAUCAAUGAAAUCAUGUAUCCAAUUACUCGACUGCCCAUUAAAUUUCAUAAUGAUUGUGAAUAUAUUGAUAAAUCGAUUAAAUUGGAUAACGAACAGAUGAUUGCUACGUUUAUAUCAUUGAAUUACUGGAACUUCUUUAUCCCUAACGCUCUACAUAUGGAUACGUUUAUGUUUAUAUCG